UUGACUAAUGUAAUAAGUGUGAUAUUCAGCUAUGUGGUUGGAGUGAUUCGACGAGAGCGAUUGCUGGGCUUUGAGAGAGUUCUCUGGCGAGCCAGCCAUCACACUGCUUAUCUCAGGAGCGCAGCUAUUGAGGAGGACUUGGAAGAUGAAACCGGACAAAAGGUCCAUAAGGAUGUGUUCAUUAUUUUCUCCAAAGGAGAUCGGCUUCGAAGUAUCGUGGAGAAGGUGUGCGACGGAUUCAAGGCGAAGUUGAUGAAGAACUGUCCGAAGACAUUCAAGGACCGACAGUCAGCCCGUACUGAUGUGAAAGCUCGUCUGCAAGAUGUUAAGACUGUUCUUGGGCAGACCCAAGAGCAUCGAUAUCGGGUCCUACAGGCGGCUGCCAACAAUCACAACAACUGGCUGAGACAGAAUGCAAAAAACAGUGUACCACCAUCUGAACCGGGACUUACCUUUUAUGCACGGCAAAUUCUUGUGGCUGAGUGCUGGGUACCCUUGGUUCACUUGGAAGAAGUGAAGGCAGCGCUUGAACGGGGAGCGGAAGCAUCCGGCUCGACAGUUCAGCCAGUAUUGAACGUUCUGGAGACUGCAGAGGAACCACCCACAUACAACAGGACCAACAAGUUUACCGAAGUCUUCCAAGGGAUUGUUGAUUCUUAUGGAAUCGCCACCUACCAAGAAUUGAAUCCUGCUCCGUACACGAUCAUUUCGUUCCCGUUCAUUUUUGCCUGCAUGUUCGGAGACCUGGGACAUGGUUUACUCAUGUUCCUAUGUGGUCUUUACUUCGUUCUUCGAGAGAAGAACCUCAUCGACCGCAAUAUCAAGGACGAGAUCUUUGGAAUGUUCUUUGGUGGACGUUACAUAAUUCUACUGAUGGGACUGUUCUCGAUUCACGCAGGCAUCAUCUACAACGACGCAUUCGCAAAAUCCUUUAAUAUAUUCGGAAGUACUUGGCUAAAUCCGUACAGCCAACGCGACCUUUCUGCCUGGAUGAAUGAAAGUGAGGCGAACCACAAGGAAUUCUUGAUUGAGGUUAGGCUUUGGUGA